CACCACCAUCCCUUCAUCGACCACCUCCGUUCUCUCAGCAUACACCCCUUCGAGAGAAUCUCUAUCAUCUUUAACCUCCUUUCUCUUCUCUUUGCUUAACGUUUUGCUUCGCAUUCACUCACUUCGCACAGCUUCUCACGUACAACGAGCAUUUAUCCCUUCAUCAACCAUGUCAAGCCUCGGUAUGCUCACCCUUUUCCGUUCUCGCUCUCAGCGGUCGAGCUUGAGCUCGAAUGUGACACGUUCGACUGCUGCGUUGUAUCAUACACGCAAUGAGUCUUCGACGACGAUCAAACUCACCAAGUCGAAGUCGAAGAUGGGGUUGAAAGCCUUAACCUCGCUGUUUAAGAAAAAGAAGACGACUAGUGAUGACAUGAGUGUCCACGGUAUGGCAACGAUAGCAAACCCGCUUUACGUCCGUCCUUCGUCGCGUGUUUCGGUUGAUUCUUACUGCUCUAACCAAUCCCUCUCGCUUUCCCCUGUCCAUUCGCCCGACUCCUUCCUCCCUCCGUCGUACGCAUACUCGAACUCAUCUCACAGUUCCCGACUUUCGCAGUCUACCCGUUCGAUCCCUACCGCUCAGAGUGUGUUGAGGCAACAAAGUGAGUUGUAUGCGGAGCAAUUCAGCAUGGUGAUGCACAAAAUUGGGGUUUAUGUCCAACGUGGAGUUUUCGAGGGUUGUGUCAUUAUGGAUAGAGAUUACGCAUUCCCCACUGGCGAGAGGUGGGAAAGUCGACUUAUCAAGGACUUGACCUCGUUGAUGCAAGCAAAAGGUUUCUCGAAUGUCCGUGUUUGGAAGUCGGCGAAGCGCUUCCGUGACUUUAGAGCUGUUGCUUGGAGGAUUUCGUUACCUGAUGUUGAGGUUGAUGAGAUGGAUGAUCAGAGCGUGUAUACUGCCACUGGGAGUGUUAGGUGGAGUAUGGAUAGUAUGAGGAGUGUUAGGAGGAAGACAAGCAGGUGGGGGUUUUGAAGGGAAAGCUAGGAUAGGAGUGGUCCUUCGACGCACGCCCUUAUGGGUGCUGAACGAAGUCUUUUAUGUGGACGUUUAUGAUGGGUUUCUGUUUGGUUUGUAUUUUUCGUUUGCGAGGGCGUCGUUGACAUUUACAGAAGUCGCCUCGGCGCCCAUCUGAGCCUCUCGCCAGCGCCUCUUCGUUACCUCUUGUUGUGUCUGGGAG